AAAAGGAAGUAAAAGAUAACCCUAUUUUAAUAAAUGAGGUUAUUUUGAAAAACAAUUUUUGAUUUCGAAACUGGACUUGGUUAACAUUUUUUAAAAUAUAUACAUAAAUAAAGAAUGACUAUUAUGAGCGAAGUAGACAUAAAAGAUAGAAGUGAUGACGAAGUAUCAAGUGGUAUUAGUGAAGCAGAUAACUCAAAUAAUUCUGGGGACGAAGAGAACGAGGACGACAAUGACUUGGCAAACACUGGUUGGGCAGACGCAAUUUCAAAAAUUUUAAAACAAAAAUCCAAAAAGAAGACACUAGUAUUAUCAAAGGCUAAAAAGUUAACGGAUGUCAAGAAAAAGAAACCAGAACCAUCAGGUUUUGAGAUUGAAGCGCCUGAUGGUGUGGUUAAAGUUAAGGAAGAAGACAGUUCAGAGGAAAAAGAGGAUGUUAAGCCAGAAUUGGAAGAGCCACUAAAGAAAAAGAGGAAAGAAUUGCCUAAAUUGAGGAUAAAACCAGACAUAUUAGAAAAGGACAGAGAGAGAUUGUUACAAAAAAUAGCGACAAAAGGAGUUGUUCAAUUAUUUAAUGCUGUUAGAAUGCAACAAAAAGAUAUAAGCAAAAAGCUAGAAGAAGCUGGUCCAUUGGAGGUUCGAAGAGAAAAGGUUUUGAAAAAUAUUGAUAAGAGGGCAUUUUUGGAUGUGUUGAUGGGUGAGAAAUCACAAAGGGUGGACUCUGAUAUCCAAAAAAAUAAAAAGAAUGAAAGCAACACAGAUACUACAUGGAGUGUUUUAAAAGAGGACUUCAUGAUGGGAGCCAAAAUGAAGGAUUGGGAUAAAGCAUUGGAAAAUGAAGACGAGGAAUUUGAGUCAGACUAGUAAAAAAGUUUAUUACAGAAUUUAUAAAUACAAUUUUUUUUUUAAUAAAAUUACACUUACAUCUAAAAGCUACAAAACAUUAUU